GCUACAAAGCUCCACACUUGUUCGUGAUGUGGUGGGUGGGUUUGUUUCAAAGACCACAUUACCGCAACACGACUCACGAAUCAUCAGCCCAGAUAGUAUUAGUCAAUGAUCAUUACUCAAGGACAAGCAAGAAUAAUACUCGCGUAAGCUUUGACAAUGGACCUUUCCAGCUGUCUCGCUCUGUGGAUAUCGACUCUUUUAGCUAGCUCUUCAGGUGCUCUCUCACAUGUGCUGCCGGAUAUUGCCGAUCCGGAAUUUAUCCGCAGGUGCGUGCAGGCACACAACGUAUAUCGCUCGCGUGCGAAUCCACCUGCGGCCAACAUGCGUUUGAUGUCUUGGGAUGAUUCUUUGGCCAGAGGUGCGCGGUCAUGGGCAAGACACUGUAAGGCUUCCCAUAAUCCCGUGCUGCAGCAGGUGGGCAGGUCUCACCCUGAGUUCCGACGGGUUGGGGAGAACAUCUGGCUGGGGGCUCCAUACUCUGCCUUUACUGUGGAGUCAGCUAUUCAUACCUGGAAUAAAGAGGGUGCAGAUUACACUCACCAAAACCAGAGCUGUGCCCGUAUAUGUGGCCACUAUACACAGCUCAUGUGGGCAACAAGCUAUAAGAUAGGCUGUGCUGUCCAUGUUUGUUCUAGAGGAAUUGACAACUUCUCCACUAAUCCAGAGUCCACUAUUUUUGUAUGUGACUAUGGUGAUGCGGGAAAUGUAUUUGGCUUUCCUCCAUACAUAGUGGGACUGGCUUGCAGCAGUUGUGGUGCAGAGAAAUGCAAAGAUAAGCUUUGCAGAUACGAUUGGACGCCUGGGUGGGAUUUUGUUCCCUCCUCAGCCCACAGACUCUCCCAUUGGCUGAAUAACCCAGUGCUGCGGAUAUCAUUUGGAAUGUGCUUGCUUCUCUUCUAUGCAACACACUAAAGUCACCCAGUAAACUUAAUACCAAGUUGUUUAAGCCUUUAUAACCUUUAGAACUCCUCACCAACUCAUAACUCUAGCAGGGUCGUGUUAUGAAGGCCUAGCAUUUUGUUGAGUCAUAUGUGUGGCAUCCCCCUGCUGUGUAGGACUGAUGCUGCCCCACAUUGUCACUCCCACUAAACAGUUUAAAUGUAUUCUAUGUCCUUUUUUGUGUAACUCACUUUUCAGUAUGUGUUCAAUCAUACAUCAUAUAUAAAAUCCAUAUUAAUAAACUUUUCACCCUUCAUAAUCACAUAUUUAAAAA